AAUGCGGAAGCGGCCGAUUCGCGAGCUCAGUCGUUUCGACGCGAUACGCCAGCCGAUCGCGAUCAGCCGGACGCGGGGCCGCGUUUCCGGAUGCAUUUCUCCUUCCUCCUCCUCGCAAGCCCGCGCCGCGCCUCUAUAUCGAUUUCGAAAACGUCACUCGAACGCUCUUCUUUCUUUUCGCAAGAGAACAAAUUGCGCGUCGCGCUACCAAAACGUUUUCCGCGCGGAUGCAGAAACGACUUUUUCCACUCGAACGCAAAAUCGUCUUGGCUGAAGCGUUUUGCCGCGCAGUUACAGGCCAAAUUUGUAUUGUCGCUCUUCGAGAUUGAUUUUCGGCCCAUCGCGAUCAACGGCGACGUCGGAAACUCCCGCGAGGUCGACCCUGAAGGAUGCGAGCGGCGACGCCGCUCUCGGGACGGUAGCCGCGAUCGGAAAAAUAUAAGUGCCAUUAAAGGAGCGCGCGCGCCGCUCCGGCUGAUCGACUGACCGGCGGCCGCGGUGGGGAUCACGUCGCCGCGGAAAAUCGACGUCUCUUCUUGGCAGAAACGGAGGUUGCCCGUGGGUGGCGGUGGCACGGCAGAGAGCAGCGAGGUUCUUCCGCUUUUUUGACAGAUGCGAGCGUCAGUGCCGCGCGACGCCUCGCAGUGCCCGUCGAGCGAGGAAGUCGAGCACGGUUUACGACAUUGUUUACGCGGUGUUCGCUCGUUCGCGGGCUGAAGCGAUUCCGGCGAGUACAGCGAGCGGGAGAGAUUGCGCAAUACCGCAGCACGAGUUUCUAGGCGUUCCCUCGUCCAGGUGACCCAAGGUGACCCACUGGCACCGCGGCACCGUAAAGGAGGAUGGUCAAUACGAUAUUGCUGCUUUGGGCGUUGGUCGGCCUAAUUGGCCGAGCGCACGGCAAAUGCAGCUUAGCGCCGAUCGCCGACAACGAGCGGUCGAUCGCCUACGCGUGCAUCCACGGCGACCUGGGCGACCUCGACGAGCUACCCGGCGAGACCGAGUGGAUCGAGUUCUCGGUGUCGCGCUUCCACGCGAUCCCCGACGACGCGUUCCACCGAUUCCCGAACCUGCGCCGCCUGUCCUUCUACAAUUGCCACGUGAACGUGAUCGAACCCGCGGCGUUCCGCGGCCUGAAUCGGCUCGACUGGCUGAUAUUCCACGGCACGAGGAUCCACGCGGCGAGGUCCGCGUGGUUCCGUCACGUGCCGAAUCUCAGACGACUGAUCCUGGACAGAUGCGGCCUGGUGCACGUCGAGCCCGACGUUUUUCGCAUGCUACCGCGACUGGAGACCCUGGACUUGCGCGACAAUGACCUCGAUUGUCUGUCGGUGGAGGAGCUGUCGCAUCUGACCGCGCUCAGGACCGUGCGCAUCGACGGCAACCCGUGGCUGUGCGAGUGCCGGCUGAGGAUGGAGAGGUUCUUCCGCGAGAGGUCGAUCGUCCAGGAGAUAGAGUGCAGAUUUCGGCCGCGGGUCUGCACCGUGCACCGAAAUCCGCAGUGCAUGGCGCAGAUCGAGAUCCCGCUUCCACCACCGGCGAUUACCGUCGAGCCGAUGGAGGACUUCCAGGAACGUCCCGGCAACCGCUUCCAGACGAGCGCGCUGACGUCGCUGGACCGCCUGCCGGACAGGACGACGUGGAUCCAGAUCUCGGGGCUGCGGAUCGACCGUCUGCCCGCGUACGCGUUCUUCCGCUUCGGCAACAGCCUGCGCAGCCUGGACCUGCACGAUUGCUCGAUCGGCACGAUCGAGCCGGGCGCGUUCGCCGGUCUGCAUCAGCUGCAACGGCUCACGCUCGUCGGCAACCGGCUGCCCGCGGUCGCCGCCCAUUGGUUCGGCGAUCUCGUAGCGCUCCGCCAAUUGGUGCUCGCGCGCAACGGCAUCGAGCGCGUCGAGGCGGGCGCGCUGCGCCCGCUCGCCGGCAGCCUGCGCCACCUGGACGUGCGGCACAAUCAACUACGUUGCAUGCCGCCGGACGAGCUGGCGCACCUGCGGCGCCUCGAGCGGGUCGAUAUCGUCGGUAACCCCUGGUACUGCGAGUGCCGUCGGAAUCUGCAGCGAUACCUGACCGACCACAACGUGGGAUUCGAGAUCACCGGCCGUUGCUACGACGAGGGCGAGGUCGUCGAGCCGACCGACGGAUGGCAGCACCCGCAUAUCUCGGUUACCGGCCACGUGUAUUGGACCACCUUCGAAGACACGCUGAGUCAGAGAAACAUAACCGUGAUAAGACCGAUCGUCGAAGUUCCCACGGAGAGACCGUCGGUUCGCCGGGGUACCUGCGUGCGAGACCGGACCCAAAUGUCGCGGCAGGUCUUCACCUGCAGCGGCAUCACCUCGAUCGACGAGCUGGACGUCCUACCCCGCUCGGUCCACGCGAUUCGCAUCGUCCUCUCGAACCUGAAGACGAUCCCGACGCGGGCGUUCGCCCGCUUCGACGGCUGGCUGUCCAGGCUGGAUUUACGCGACUCCGCUAUCGAGACGAUCGAGCACCGCGCCUUCAUCGACCUGUACAACCUGGAGCACUUGUCGCUACACAGCAACCACCUGAAAUCGGUGACGUCCGAGGCAAUGGAGGGCCUGACGAAUCUGCGACACCUGGACCUCUCGCGCAAUCACAUCUACCGGAUCCCUAACGAGCUGUUCGACACGCUGUCGCAGCUGUACAGCCUCGACGUGUCCGAGAACUACAUGAACUGCCUCGGCGUGGAGCAUAUGGCGCGCAAAAUGCCGCAUCUCUAUUCUCUCAAGGUGUCGGGCAAUCCGUGGAGUUGCCUGUGCGGCACCAAGCUCGCCAGCUUCCUCGACUCCCGCAGAAUACCAUACGAUCGUAACUCCCUGUUCGACGUGAACGACGACUGUUACGUCACCGGAUUGCCGGCAAGGCCUCCCACAACGGCGGUGACCAGCCCGUGGACCACCACGACCGAACCACCUUCGAUUAGUUUCUACAACGAGACCCUCGAGGGUUCCUGCGUCCGAAUCCCCGAGUCUGCGGAGCCGCGGUACCGUUGCGUGGGCGCCAAUUUGCUGAGACUGAAAAACGUGCCACGCGACGCUGUUUCCAUCGAAUUCCAGGAGGGUCAUCUGCCCGUCCUCCCGCCCGGUUCUCUCUACAACUAUCGACAGCUGCAGGAGCUGACCAUAAGAAACUGCGGCCUAAGAACUAUCUCGGCCGGCGCUUUCAAGGGCCUGGACUCUCUGGAACGGCUCACCAUUCAGGGUAACCCGCUGACGUCGAUCGAGGCGGACCGUUUCAACAUAGAGCGUCUCGAGCGGCUGGAUCUGCGCGGUAACUCGAUCCAGUACAUCGCACCGGGCGCAUUCCGCCAUCUGCGCAGGCUGGUCUAUCUGAAUCUCGAGGGCAACGAUCUGCAGUGCAUCUUCUCGAGCGAUCUUCAGGAUAUGCCGAAUCUGCACAUUGUCGAAUUCGCCGGCAACCCGCUCAAGUGGCGGUGCCGCAUGGAUCUGGAGCAGUUCCUCGAGACGCGGAAGAUCAAGUUCGUCAAGGUGGAGAACUCGUGCGAAGGCAAGAAGAUCAUGAGGAACCUCCUCUACGAGAAUCGGACCGUCGAGCUGGAAUGUCCGCCGGGCUGCUCGACGGCGAGCAACAUCGAGCUGGGAAAGAACCCGAUGUUGUUCACGGCAUUUUUACUGUUCGUCGCGAUACAUUAAUCGUUCGGCAAUCAAGAGUAAAGAUUGGCCCGAGUUUAAUUUAUACAAAGAAUAAAUUAAACUUGGGCUGUCUUAUCGAUAGGCGAGAUAGUUUCUGAGAUUCAUUUGUCAAUGGGUCGAAAAUUACGUUUGGAUAUUAAACAACGAUAUUUCGGUAAAGUUUACAGAUUGAAGUGAUUUUGAUAAUCAACGGAGUUGCUGAAAGCAAAGCUACCUUUGCAGUAGGCGAGGAUAGAUUUGGUAUUGUUAAUGUUGUCAUUCAAUGUGUUCAUACCGUGAAAGCGCUUAUAAACUAAUAAAUCGUAUAUUUAUUUUUGCGAACGCACAUGUAUUUAAACUUAAAACCCUUCGGAGCCCUUGUAAUAUUAGAUAACAAUGUAUACGUAGGAUAACGCUUCUCGAGAUACUCUUAGAUUGUUAGCUCGCUUAGAUUAAUCUUUAGUACCUGUUUGUCGCACGCAGCAUAUAAUUACGGAUAUCGUCGUUGUAUCAGAUACAUCGCAAUGAAAAUGCGAAACAAAGUAUCGAUGAGAAUUUGUACGGAAGAGGCAAUCUCGACCAAAUUUCUCGACUAACUUAAUUGACGAUUAAUAUGUCAAUUGGUCGAGCUACUUGAAGCAAAGUUUCUAACAGCAAAAAAUGAACAAUUUUAUCUACGCUCAUAAAGUGGCAUAGAAAAGUUGCUAAUUGUAUAAUUCGUUCUCUCCAAACUAUUUCUUUCUGUACGGUUAUACAAUGAAAAUUAAUAAUAUAUCUAUAUUAAUUAAUAAUUAAGUUGAUCGGAUGUUGGUUGAUCAAUUAUACUGCCGGCAGGGACCAUCAAUAAGAUCAUCCCGGACAAAUAUGAACAAAGAAAAUUACAUUAGUAGAGUAAUAGAGUAUUCGACAUUACGUUGUAAACGUACUGUAUCAACAACAGUAAACACAUUCACGUGCCAUAAAGAUCCAUGCUAGUGCGACGCUGAAGUACUUGUUACUUGUGUUCAUUUUAAUAUAAACAAAUGUUUGUACAUAAUAUAUUUACCGUCAAGAUUGUAAUGGGCUAUUUGCUACUAAGAUUUAAUAAGUCUUAAUAAAGAUUUAUUUUGUGCAACAA